AUGGCUGUCUCUACACUUGGAGGUUUUACUAGUGGUGCGUUCAUUGCUGCUCUUAGUUGUCCUUUUGAGUUAGUCAAGAUACAAAAACAGCUCGAAUUUCUGCUGCAGGCCAGUAGUGUGUCAACUGGUGCCACCGUUGUACGAUCCUUAUCCGAGAAUGAUAUACGACCCAGUUGUGGAGCAAGAUCGACCAUUAAUCGUACUGUAGGGGCUGGUAUGCCAAUUUCUCCUUUGUCAAAUCCAUCCUCUACACAGGCAUCAACCUCAACCUCAACUUCUCUUGUUGAACUACCUUACUCUAUCUCUACGUCAAGUUGGGCAUCAGCAAAGGAAAUCAUCAGAAAAAAAGGUAUUACAGCUCUAUAUAAUGGCUUUGGUCUCCAUUUUUUACGUGACUCUGUUGGUACUGGUGUCUAUUUUGGUGCCUACGAAACAACAAAAUACUUAUUGACAAAAAAGAAUGAAAAAGCUGGCCCAUUAACACAAUUCCUUGCUGGAGGGAUUUGUGGUAUUCUUUGUUGGCUUGUUGUGUUUCCAAUAGAUUUAGUCAAGACUUUGAAACAAAAGGAAAUCCUCUCACCAUCUCCUCUUUACAGCCGUGUUAGUGAUUGUGUUGCCAAUAUUGCACGUCAAAAAGGAUAUAUGGGAUUCUAUUCUGGUAUCUCUGUUACUUUACUUCGCGCUUUUCCUAUCCAUUCUUUGAAUUUUUUGCUCAUAAAAGUUGAGAUCAGGUACAACAGGUUGGAUUGCCCCACAUUCGUCAUUAGUACAACUAACAGCAGAACGAGAGGCAAUUUUACCAAAAAAUUACCUUUGGUGAAAGAAGCAAUAAACGAAUGUGAUUUUAUGGCUAUUGAUACUGAACUAUCAGGACUUUAUCGACCAGGUACUGGAAAACGUAUUGAAACUCUCGAUUAUAGAUAUCAAGAAUUCAAAGAAGCUACAGAACGAUUCACCAUCAUUCAGUUUGGGCUUUGUACUUUCAAAUGGGAUCAACCUUCUGGACGAUAUAUCGCUAAACCUUUCAACUUUUAUAUCUUUCCUACAAGUUUUGCUGGUGGACGAUCUCAUCCAAACCGUGUCUUCCAUGUACAGGCUCAAGCUUUUGACUUUUUGGCAAAACAGACUUUUGACUUUAACAAGUGGGUAUAUCAAGGGAUUCCAUUUAUGAACUUGUCAGAAGAACAAGAAUUUAUCAAGGAAAGAACAAAAAUGUUUAAUGAUGAAAUACCUGAUAUUCCUGUUGAUGAUAAGGAACUUGGUUAUUUGAAUGCAGCUAGAGAAAAGAUCAACGCUUGGUUGAAAACUGAAAAAUUGGAGAACAAGAAUAACAACAAUAAUGAUGGUGUCAACAUUGAAACUGCCAAUGGUUAUCAAAGACGUAUCAUUUAUCAAGAUGUUCGUAACAAUUUUGAAGGAUUGGUGGCAGAAGGACGAAAAGGAUUUAUCAAGGUGAUGCGUCUGAAUGAAAAACAAAAAUUGAAACGAAAUAAAGAACGUGAAGAACUAUAUAAGAACGACUGUGAAAAAGCGGUUGGAUUUCGAAAGGUGAUUGACUGGAUCUCUGAAUCAAAAAAACCUCUCGUUGGACAUAAUAUGUUUUUGGACAUUUGCCAUGUUAUUGGACAAUUCAUACAACCAUUACCUGAUACCAAGGAAGAAUUCAAGCUUUUCGCUCAUACGGUGUUUCCAAUUAUGAUUGAUACCAAAUAUAUCGCUAUCUCUAGCCCAGAAAUAAUGGUAAGUAAAAAGGAUGCAACUGAUCUGGAAAACCUACGAUUCGAAACUAGUCGUAAUAUAUUCAAGAAUCCACGUAUUGACGUAGAUUGGGAAUAUCCUCGCUAUCUUGAAGAAAAAGCUCAUGAAGCUGGUUAUGAUGCCUAUCUGACUGGAACUGUAUUUCUCAAAUUGCUAUCCUAUCUAAAGGAACAGAACGUUGGAUCAUUGAAUACAGUGAUCAAACUUGAAGAAGAAAUACAGCAAGAUACUGUGAUUUGUGAAAAUUCAAAUGGUGGAUGGGAUUGUGAACCUGAUGAUGAUGUAGAUCCUAAGUGGACCAUUGAUGAAAACGAAGUAUACAACUAUGGAUCAACUCGAGUAGAAUUAUUAGAUAAACAUGGUGAUCCUCUUCCUCAUGUGGCAAAAUUAUCCAACAAAGCAGUCAUGGUGCGAUCGGCAUACCGAUACUUUGAUUUUACUCAACCAGAAACAUGUUUUAUCAAACAAUCGAACGCAAUAGUGGUACAUAGAAACAAACAAGCAUUGUUGGACGACAAGGAAGUGGAAGAUAUCUUAUCUACGUUUGGGCAAUACAUUAUGGAAGACAUUGAUGAUAAUACAACGCUGGUGGUUUAUGAUCGUGUAUUAGCUGGCAAGGAUACUGUGGAAAAAUCAUUGUUAGAAAAAUUCAAGUCUGUUGCUGGUGCUACCAUUUCUGUUGAAAGUAUUAUUGAUUACUUAGAUUAG